ACAGUUCACACGUGCAUAACCAUAUCCUUGAUAAGCCCGGCCAAAACACACGUGCGACCUAAGCUCCACGAGAGAGAUCGAGAGCUCGGAGAAGAAGGAGAGAGCUAGAGAUGAAGAUCUAUCACAUCCCAUGCCUCGAGGACAACUACGCUUAUCUGAUCGUUGAUGAAGCAACCCGUGAGGCCGCUGCCGUUGAUCCCGUGGAGCCGGAAAAGGUCAUUCGUGCCGCCGAUGAGGCCGGCGCCGAUAUCAAGCUCGUUCUCACCACUCACCGUCACUGGGAUCAUGCGGGUGGGAACAAUAAGAUGAAACAGUUGGUGCCAGGGAUCAAGGUUUGCGGUGGAUCGCUUGACAAUGUUGAAGGAUGUGAUACUAAGGUGGAAAAUGGGGACAGGUUCUCUUUGGGGGCCGAUGUGAACAUUCUGGCUCUCCACACUCCUUGUCACACCAAAGGUCACAUAAGUUAUUUUGUGACCGGCAAAUCAGAAGAGAUUCCAGCUGUUUUUACUGGGGACACAUUGUUUAUAGCUGGCUGUGGGAAGUUUUUUGAAGGCACCCCAGAGCAGAUGUAUGAAUCACUCUGUGUCACAUUGGGUUCCUUGCCAAGGCCAACUCGUGUGUUCUGUGGCCAUGAGUAUACAGAAAAGAACUUGCGCUUCGCAUUGACUGUUGAACCAGAGAAUGAGAAAAUCUCACAGAAGCUUUCAUGGGCGCAGCAGCAACGUCAGGCGAACUUACCUACUGUUCCUUCUACCAUUGAUGAAGAGUUUGAAAUCAACCCCUUCAUGCGUGUUGAAUUACCAGAAAUACAGGCUAAAGUAGGAUGUCACUCACCAACUGAAGCAAUCAUGGAAAUGAGGAGGAUGAAAGAUAAUUGGAGAGGCUAAUAGAUGCAAAUCCUCUCCUGUUGUGUUUUAUUGACUAUCUAAUGUGUUGUAAGUGUGGCCCUGUUUGUUGAUACAUGUCAAUAAUCACUUGUGUUCCUGCUUUAGUUAGAAUGGGAGGGAAAGCAGACUUGCAACAUGAAGGUCAGUGACUAUGUUGCCAAUCUUAUUUGAUAAUAACAUUAGAAGUAUCUAAAGAAAAUUAUCAAAUUGCUCCCUAUAA